AUGUCUAGUGUUGUUACUUUGAACAAUGGUUUGAAAAUGCCCCUAGUUGGGUUGGGUUGCUGGAAGAUCCCAAACGAUGUCUGUGCACAGCAGGUCUACGAUGCCAUCAAGAUUGGUUACCGUUUGUUUGACGGUGCUGAAGAUUAUGGUAAUGAGAAGGAAGUAGGUCAAGGUAUCAGAAAGGCUAUUGACGAAGGUGUGGUCAAGAGGGAGGACGUCUUUGUCGUCUCCAAGUUGUGGAACAGCUUCCACCACCCAGACCAUGUUAAGAUGGCAUUGAAGAGAACUUUGUCUGACAUGGGUCUGGACUACUUGGACUUGUUCUACAUCCACUUCCCAAUUGCCUUCAAGUACGUGCCAUUCGAAGAGAAGUACCCUCCAGGAUUCUACACCGGUAAGGAAGACGAAAAGAACGGCCACAUCACUGAGGCACACGUUCCUAUUAUCGAUACUUACCGUGCUUUGGAACAGUGUGUUGAAGAAGGUUUGAUCAAAUCUAUCGGUAUCUCCAACUUUUCCGGUUCUCUAGUGCAGGAUUUGCUACGCCAAUGCAAGAUCAAGCCAGUUGCUUUGCAAGUUGAACACCAUCCAUACUUGACCCAAGAGCACCUGGUUGAGUAUUGCAAGGACAAUGGUAUCCAAGUUGUCGCAUACUCCUCAUUUGGUCCACAAUCUUACAUCGAGUUGAACCACCCAUUGGCCAAGAACACACCAAACUUGUUCCACCAUGACACCAUCAAGCAGAUCGCUAACAACCACAAUGUUGCAACAUCACAAGUCUUGCUAAGAUGGGCCACACAAAGAGGCAUCGCCAUCAUUCCAAAGUCAUCCAAGAAGGAGAGACUGCAGGACAACUUGAUGAUUGAUGAGAAGUUGACUUUGACCCACAAGGAACUGGAAGCUAUCAGCAAGUUGAACAAGAACUUGAGAUUGAACGACCCAUGGGACUGGUUGGAUGGUAAGUUCCCAAUCUUUGCUUAA